UAUAAAAGGAAAAUUGCAGGAGCUCGGGGCCUAUGUUGAUGAAGAGCUCCCUGAUUAUAUUAUGGUUAUGGUGGCCAAUAAGAAGAGUCAGGAGCAGAUGACAGAAGACCUUUCCCUUUUCCUUGGAAAUAAUACAGUCAGGUUUACAGUCUGGCUCCAUGGUGUUUUGGAUAAGCUGCGAUCUGUGACUACGGAACCAACUAGUGUAAAAUUGUCAGAAUCCAGUAUCUUUGAGAGCAACCUUCCUUCCAGCAAAAGCAGUUCCUGUGUGAGUGAUGAGAGGAGGCGUGAGGAUGUCUUGCCACCUCUUGCAGUUUCCAGCACUCGGACUGAAAGAAGUGACUCAAGAGUUUCAACUAGCUCACAGGAGCAAAGGAACAACGCUUCACGGCAGUCUUCUGAAGAUGGUUCUGCAUCCCGCUUAACAUCUACAGUCAAGCCUUUGAGGGAAUUAUCACCUUCUGAAGCUGUAAUUGACAUUAAACCUGAACCAGAUGAUCUAAUCGAUGAAGACCUAAACUUCGUGCAGGAGAAUCCUUUGUCACGGAAGAAACCUAUUGUAACUGUAACUUACGGUUCUUCUCGUCCUUCUGCUGAAAUCUACCGACCGCCAGCUAGCAGGAGUGCCGAUGGCACUGUACACAUGCACAGAUUGUCACAACAGGGCAGCUUACAGGGGAGCCGGCAGUUAGAUGCGCAGAGCUGCAGGUCUUUGGAAAGCGGCCAGCCCUGCGAUCCAGAAGCGUUUGGCAGCUUAGCAGAAAGUUACAAACCCACCUCCAAACUUAGUGCCGAUAAAGCAGGCGGUGAGGAAGAAACCUUCAGGAAGAGACGGUUGCCUGUUGUAAGCUCAGUAGUGAAAGUGAAAAAGUUCUGUAAUGAAGGGGAAGAUGAUGACGAUGAGGAAGACUAUGGAUUGCGAACAGGAAGCAUCUCGAGCAGUGUGUCUGUGCCUGCAAAGCCAGAAAGAAGGCCUUCAUUGCCACCUUCAAAACAGGCCAAUAAGAAUUUAAUACUGAAAGCAAUCUCUGAAGCACAGGAGUCAGUUACAAAAACAACCAAUUAUUGCACUGUUCCACAGAAACAGACUGUUCCAGUUGCACCAAGAACUCGAAUUAGCCCAGAAGAAACUCAUUUAGAAGUAAUCCAUGUGCAAAACAGACUGCCUGCUCUGAGUUCUCAACUUCAAGUAGAAGAGCUGAAGGAGCAGACAGCUGAAGGAAUUCAAGGACCUGAACCAAAGGAGCUCUCUUCUCGGCUCCAGAUCGAUCCUGUGAUUGAAGAUGCUUUGCAGUUGACUCAAGAUUACUAUGAUGCAGAAUCUAUGGUCCAUACAGAUACCAGGUCAUUUAUCCUGAAGAAACCCAAGUUAUCUGAGGAAAUAAUGCCACAGAAUCAGCAACUUGGAAAGAGGGCUACAGAAGCAGUUCGAGUACUCUCGGGUCGUCUGAUACAGACACGAGACCAGCUCGCACAGCCAGAGAAACCUGCCAGUCCCAAGUUCAUUGUGACGCUGGAUGGUGUGCCCAGUCCGCCAGGAUACCUUUCUGAUCAAGAAGAGGAAGAGAUGUGUCUAACUGAAGGAUUAAAGCCAGUUACCCAAAAUGUGUGUGCAGGCAAAGGAUUGAAAGGCCUUCGAGCACAGCAGAUGCAAAUUGUAACCAGGCAGCUAGAGAGCUGUGAUGUGGAAAUGGAAGAGAUAAAUGUGAUGCAAAAACAGGAGAAGGUGCUUGAGCGCUGCAAGUACUGGCCUGCCUGUAAAAAUGGAGACGAAUGUGUGUACCAUCACCCCACACUACCUUGCAAAGUUUUUCCUAACUGCAAAUUUGCUGACAAAUGCUUGUUCAUCCAUCCCAACUGUAAAUACGAUGCAAAGUGCACUAAGCCAGACUGUCCUUAUACUCACGCCAGUCGCCGAACCCCACAUCCAUCUUCUAAGCCAGCACCGCUCCCCACACCAUCUAUAGCCUCCAGUGGUCCGCUGUGCAAGUUUUUUCCUGCUUGUAAGAAAAUGGAGUGUCCAUUUUAUCACCCCAAACAUUGCAGAUUUAAUACCCAGUGUACGAGACCAGACUGCACUUUUUACCACCCAACUAUUGCCGUACCUCCACGCCACGCCUUGAAGUGGACUCGAACUCAAACCAGUGAAUGAUUAUGAUACAACUAGGGACUGAACUUUGCCUCCUUCAGACAGCAGCGGAAAGAAAGAUGAACCACGAGGAGCACAGGAUGUUAGAAAAAAUUCAUGCAGUUUGAACUUUUAAUAUACGUUGUUUUCAUAAAAUGAAGUUGAUUGCCUACUUGAAAUGUCUCUAAUUUUCCAAGUUUGUAAGUCUGAGCAAUUUUACAUUUUUUUUUACACUGUAAGAAGAAAAUGUCUGUGUGAGAAAAGUUUUUCUUUAAAUUCCAUUAAAAACUUUCAAAGCA